UUUCCGAACGUCACCAAACGACAGUACCAAAAUGGCGGCCAGUUUAUGAUAGUUUGUUGUGUACAAUUUUCCUCCAAAUCAGCAAAAAACUCGUUAUUAUGGUACAUAAUUUAGCUUAAUUGCAACAAACUACCCACAACAAUGGACGCUGUCAAGGCAUUUAACUCGGAGCUUUCGUCUCUGUACGAGGUAAAGCCCCCGAUUUCCAAAGCCAAGAUGACGGCGAUCACUCGGGGGGCCAUCAAAGCAAUCAAAUUCUACAAACAUGUAGUGCAAAGUGUGGAAAAAUUCAUAUUAAAGUGCAAACCCGAAUACAAAGUGCCCGGUCUAUACGUGAUCGACUCGAUUGUGCGUCAGUCUCGACACCAAUUCGGUGCCGAUAAGGACGUUUUCGCCCCCCGAUUUGCCAAGAAUAUGCGACAGACGUUCAUCAAUUUAUUUCUGUGCCCCGCUGAGGAUAAAAGUAAAAUCAUCCGAGUGCUCAACCUAUGGCAGAAGAACCAGGUGUUUGCUCCGGAGGUCAUCCAACCGCUUUUUGACCUCGCUGACCCUAACAACCCCAUCCACAAGGAGCUGGGGACUCCGAUGCAGUCGAACGGCAACAAAGGUUCCCCCGCUCUUCAAAAGACGCCCACCAAAGGUUCACAACAAGGUGUUGAUGCGGCUCAUCUCGGAGGAGCUAACUUGAAUUUAACCGACCCAAAUAUUCUGAUUCAACUCCAACAACUUCAACGCCUACUCACACGCAGCGGCGACUCGUCUUCAAAAACGGAUAGUCAAGUUCACUUCGACAAGAAAUUGUUGGAUUUUGAUUAUGGUGACGACGAUGACGAAGCUCAUUCGUCGCCGAAAGCAGGACCGGCGCCGCCUCCACCCAACGACUCUGUUUCCAAUUUGUUGACAAAUCCGGAAGUUUUGCGACAACUUCAGACUAUCCAGCAAACGAUGACUGCGGGACAGGGAGAAUUGGAUAUCGACAAGUUGAGAAAAUUACAAGAGAUGAAACAACAGGAAGAGGAGUUUGAUAAGCAUCUGGCACAAACUGUUCCGAAUCUUCCUUUUGCCGCCGAAUGCGAGUUCAAACCCGGCACCAAUUCGUCUCUUUUGGGCAGUUCUUACUACCUUCCACCAACGACCGAUCUGUCUCAACCACCACCGGGCUACAAACCUCAACCGCCGUACGAAAUGGGUCAACACCAAAAUAGUGAUAACGAUGUGCAAUUCGUUAGCGGUGAAGGCGAUAACGGAGGCGAUGUCGAAGUGAUAACUUUGGAUCAUGGCGAUUCUCGUAGCCCUUCACCGGCGGAGGACCGUUAUAGUCGUCGAAGACGUAGCAGAUCACGAGAAAGAUCACGCGAACGACGCGAUAGAGAUCGUCGAUCGCGUCGAUCACGUUCACGUUCGAAAUCAAGAAGGCAUCGGUCGAGAUCGCGUGAUCGAAACCGAGUCAAAGAGAAGGAAACGGAGAAGGAUAAAGAGAGAAAAAAACGUGGACUUCCCACCAUCAAAAAGGAUAAUCUGAGCGUAUGUAGCACGACUUUGUGGGUCGGACAUUUGUCGAAAUUGGUGCAUCAGGAAGACCUGUCGAAUACGUUCGGUGAAUUUGGUGAUAUCGUUAGCAUCGAUUUGAUACCACCAAGAGGUUGUGCGUUUAUUGUAAUGCACAGAAGACAGGAUGCUGCGAGGUGUCUUACUAAAUUGAAGAAUCAUCUGCUGCAUGGAAAGGCCAUAACGCUUGCCUGGGCCCCCGGCAAAGGCGUGAAAGGUAAAGACUUGAAGGACUACUGGGAGGGUGAUCUCGGCGUCUCUUACAUCCCUUGGAGUAAACUGAAGCCCGACAUUGACAUCGAAAUGCUUGAAGAUGGCGGUAUGAUCGACGAAGACACGAUGCCACCAUGGAUGAAGGCCAAAGUGGCGGCAGUCACCCCCAAACCAGCCCUCCCACCAGUGACUGAUUCGGUCGACACGAGUCAGCCGCCUCCAGUGCCCGGCACCGGUCUGUUGCAGCCGCCUCCAAUGGCUUUGCCUCUCGUUUCGCCCUUCCAAUUCGGCAAUCGUUUGUUGGGAAUCCCUCCAGGGAUGCUUCCGAAUGUGCCAAUCGGAGUCCCACCCCCCAAUAUAAUGCCCAAUCAGUUGGUCGGUUUAGGGUCACCAUUCCAAGGCCAAUUGAUGCCGCCGAUGGGGGCCGAACAAGGCCAAGGACAGGCGUCGGCGACCGACGAUAGCUUAAUGAAUAUGACGCAGCCAUUCGGGAUGAUACCACAGCCGCCGAUUGGUCUGUCUGCUCCACACGAUGACAAUAUGGACAUUGAAAUGGAAGAUGCGGAAAAGCCCGAAAGGCCGAUGUUGUUAAGUGAGCAAUUGCAAGCAUCGUUGGCGCAGUUCAGCAGACAAGAUAUGGGAGAUAUCGACGAUAGGAGAGACAGGGAGAGGAGGAGGAGUAGGGAAAGAGAUAGGGAGAGGAAUAGGGAUAGAGGAGACCGCGGACGGGGCUUGGCCCGCGACGGCGGUUACGCCGACCGCGACGAUAGCCGAGGUCGUAAAGACGAUCGCCGAGACCGUCCGAACCGUUGGGGCGAUCGUGAUUUAGAUGUGAUGGAACGCCGCGAACGUGAAAAGACCCUCAACGAUCGUCUCCAACAGAUGGCGAUGCCGAACGAGAUACCCUACUCGAAUCACGACAGACCGCCUCGCGACCUACCUCCUGAACCCCCUGAAAUGAUCGAUCGUCGCAUGUACAAAGGAGGUCCACCAAUGAAUCCCGACAUUGUGGAUAUGGACAUGUACGACAUGCGAGGUCCACCACCUCCGGACGAUUAUGAUCAUGGAAUGAACGGUCCGCCGCCACCAAUGAUGGACGAUUAUCCACCGCCGAUGAUGGAUCAUCCUGACGAUUGGAUGGACGGUCCACCAAUGCAUCCACGGAUGCAUCGCGAUGAAUACGAACACGAACGAUUUGGACGAGGACGAAGGGAUUUCAGGGAUAAGUUUGAGCCGAGGGGAAGGGGGCCACCGCCGGGCGGGGAUUAUUACCCACCACCGCCACCGAGGGAUGGAUUUGGAGGGCCGAGGCCGCCUAUGAUGCGAGGACCGGAUUUUCCACCACCGCCAAGACAGGGGUUGAGAGGUGCAGGGCAUAAAUUUCAUCCGAGGGGACCGCCGCCGAUGAGAGGAUUAAGGCCGAACCGGCCUAAUUUCGGCCCUCGCUUCGAACAUCCGGACUUCCAUCGUGGUCCCCCCGGAAUGUACGACGAACCGCCUCACAUGAGACACCGUGGCGGUGGCGGCGGCCGUUUCGAGGACCGCCGUCGACUUCGGCAAGAUUUCCACGAGAAUGUGGCCGAAAGCGACCGAUUCCAGAAACGAAGUCGGUGGGGUGAAUCCCACGACGAGCAAAUUACAGAAACUGAUCAGAAUGGUGGAGGUGAAGAAAACAAAGGUGGAAACACACCGUUGCACGACGAACCGCCAAUGAAAAACGACACGAGUCAAGAGGAGGAGACGAUCGAAGCGCCGCCACCACAAGUGACGGAAAACGUCGUCGAGGAGAAAGUGGCCGAGUAAAGUCACGAGAAACUUAGAUUUUUAAAUAGGAUAAUAUGUUUUGAACAAUCGGACAAUGCUUAGCUGUGAUAGUGUAGUGAACACAGGUGACCCUUUGUCUUGUCAUUUUUUAUAAAAUCAACAAAGGAAUAAAUUAUUUUUAUUAAUUUAGUCAUUGAAUUUUGAAUUAAUUGUCUAGGUUUAAUUCAACUAAGGUGAUUUACAACGAAAGGUAGGUCCAUCUGUGUUCACAACAGCUGAGAGGAGGAGCCCAGUGCCGACUUUCAAAUGGAAAGUUUGGUGCAAGGUACGGUCCCAGUUCUAUUUUUUAUUCUUACAGUAAUAUAUACAUAUGAUGUGUAAAAAAGAAUGUGUUGUGAAAUGAUUUUCGUUUGUAACACUGUACAUAUUUUGUGUUAUUAUUUAUAUCGGAUUUUCUAACAGUUAGAUAGACUGCUGUUGCAUUAACCGAUUUGUAGGCUUUAGAUGGAGGAGGGCCGAUGUGUAAAUGUUACAUUAAAAGUAGACAAUUUGCAUUUCUAUUGAAAAUCAUCGGUUUAUUUUUUGUUUGCAAUUACAUUAUGUACAACAGUUUUAAAAACUGUCACACCAGAUUAAAAAAAUAUAUAUUUGAGAUUUUUGGGUGUACAUAGGAUUACAUGUUAAGUCUUAUAAUAAAAAUAAUUCAUUAUAAUUAUGAUUUAUCACGUCCAAAUACAAUUUUUAAGAUCA